CGCAUCCAUUUUGUUUAAGUAAGUGCCUUGCGCCAAACCCUCCUCAUCUCCUCUCCACCUAAUCCCCAGCCUCGUCCUCGUCCUUAUCCUCGUCCCCCUUCCCCGUCCCAUCCUUCUACCGACUCAGAAGUCAAGUCAGCAUGAACGGGCCGUGUCAAUAAAUUUCGACGUCAACGUGUCCGAGUGUCAGCUUGAACUCCCUCGACCAAGCGCCCUUGUCUGAAGUGCGCAGCCGUCGGAGAGAAAAAGAGUCGCAGAUUGACGAGCUGCGAGUAGAACCAACAGAGACACAUAUAACAUGGCCAGGAGACGCAGAGCUGACUCCAGCAGCACCCAGCAGUCUCUCUCGAACCCUAUGACCGCAACCACCCGUCGUCGAUCCACCCUACGAGAUCUGCAAAACCCCCAGACCCCGAGUGAUGGGGAUAUAGUCGUGCCCAAGGUCAUCAAUGCUGCCCCUUCCCUCGAAAAGGCGCAGAUGUAUGGGAUAGACGACCCGAGACCAGCUUCCUCAAGGAUGCUGGCCAUGGCUGGACGUAUUUUUAUUGAGACGAUUCCACAAUGGUUGGCGGUAGGGGUGAUGUUGGGACUAAUCUUUGGAGGCUGUUGCUCAAAUGUGAGUGACUCUGGUCGGAAUGGUCGGAUCUACGCAAGAGGCAGGCUCAUGAUUUUUACAGGUCUUUGCGCUGGAGGCUAUUGUGAAGUAAGCGCGUCAAUUCCGUGUGCGAAGGAAGAAAGUUGCUAAUACAUGCGUUCCAGGGUUGAACCAGAUAGUGGUAUGAAUACAUUGCUUGCUAUAAUCAGAACCAGAAGCUGACCCCCUUGAAGGAACCCUCAUGACUUUUGUUCAAUUUCUUUUUGUAGCAACUACGGGAUACAUUUCCCAGUUUGACACCAAUCGACCACCUUUUUUCCUCAAGCCAAAUCGAGUACCGAUUCGACGGUGGAUGAUCAACAUCCUAUUAUUUUUCACCAUCAACGUACUAAAUAACCACGCAUUUAGCUAUAACAUAUCGGUUCCUAUUCAUAUAAUUCUUCGAUCCGGGGGAAGUGUCACAACCUUAGCAGCAGGAUAUUUGUGGGGAAAGAGAUUUUCAAGAGUACAGGUUCUGGCUGUCAUUCUUUUGACGGUUGGUGUGGUAAUUGCAGCAUGGUCCGAUCAACAAUCCAAGGUGAAAAGAACACAUACUACUUCCUCUUUUCCAUGACUAAUAUUCAUAACAGAAAGGAGUGGCGACUCCGCAGGACCGUCCUGCCUUUAGCACCGGACUCGCCAUACUCUUCUUUGCACAGGUCCUUUCUGCAAUCAUGGGUCUGUACACCGAAGAGACGUACAAGGAAUAUGGCCCUCAUUGGAGAGAAAACCUGUUUUAUUCGCAUCUUCUGGCGCUGCCUCUUUUUGUUCCAUUCUUGCCGGCCAUGCAUCGCCAAUUUUUGAAGCUAGCUGCGUCGCCCCCAUUGGUCCUGCCGUGGCAAGAAUCGUAUGCCAAUCUUCCUCUAGAAUUGCAAUCGGGAUUGAGCAAAAUCUAUAUCCCAAGCCAGCUCGCCUACUUGGUCACCAAUGUGUUAACACAAUACGCAUGUAUCAGAGGUGUAAAUCUGCUUGCUGCUGCAGCUUCAGCCCUUACGGUAACAAUUGUGCUCAACGUGCGGAAGCUGGUAAGCUUGCUGUUGAGCAUUUGGCUGUUUGGACAUAGACUUUCUCCGGGAACUCUCCUUGGAGCCAUCAUUGUGUUUGGUGCAGGGGGCAUGUAUGGACUCGAGGGGGGAUCCAAGAAAAGUACUGGAAGAGUGAGGCAUAGAGCUAGUGUUCCCAGUGUUAGUACCAAUGGGAAAUCUGGAUAGAAUAGAAUACAUGUCACGCAACCACUUUUGAUCACCUGUGAUAGUCAAGUACUUUGUACUUACCUAGCGACCGAUUUCUUUGACUUGACCUACGCACCCAACCACAUUUCACUCCCCCAUAUUCAGAUGGAACCUGGAAUUGACUCAUACACAGUCCCCGGCUGGAAGAACCUUUCGCCGAUUGGCUGUUUCCCUUGCGUGGACCCCCCAAGACCCUGCAGCUCAUGACAAGAAGCUCCACCCAAGAUUUACAUGAGAACCUGGAAACAGCAGAGGAAAUGGCGCCCCUCCCCUUUGAUCCCGACGAUUCGGAUACCCCGCCAAUGUUACCUGAUGCAGCUAUGGGCGAAGUCGAUUAUCCAGAACACAGAACUCUGGGAGAGCAGGAUGGAGAGAUUGGAGAUGAAGAUGGCAUGCUGCUGCGAGACUAUCAACAAAAGACAGCCUAUUAUGACUAUGUCGCCGAGAAGCAAUUGAGCCAGGCAGAUGCGAAACUCUUCUACCAACGAAGUCAACUAGAUGGCAAGGCCGGUGGGAGCAAUUGGGAAAACUCACAAGGCUCGCCACAGAGCAGCCCAGUCAUUAUUCCGAGAUCCGUUCCAAAUGCACAUGGCUUGGAGGCGACAUCGACACAGACCAGUCUCCGAAGAUCAGACAGCGUCAAUUCGGUUAAGAGUAAUGGUGGACAUAUCCCCUCGCUACCUCCAAGGUCAGCGCUUCUGUGCCUCAGUCUGCUGCCCGAUGGAACAUGCUAAUUAUUUCUCAGCGCAGUAAAGUUCAAACCUGCCUACCCUGUUGGACUAUCGGACCCCAAUAAGCACCCUGAGAGCGCCGUCAUUCAAGAGCCAGGUCUUGCAAGUUUACCCCGUCCGGCCUUUGGUCCUAGCCGAGUCUCAUCCCUCCUGCGAACCGAGCAAAAAGCCAGAGAAUACACAUCGCACCCGUAUCUCUCUCAAGAACCGAAACCGCUUUUGGAGACAGAAGCAUUACACGGUGCAGGUGCGGGAGUGGGUAUUGGCCAUGGCAUUGGCGGCUACGCAGACAAUGAUGCUGAAAUUACGUCCGAGUUGCGGACCAUAUACUCGAACAUUCAAAAGAUAUUAGACAUUCGCCACAAGUAUAUCCGCCUUUCUUUGCAACAAGAUGGGGAUAAUCCAAAGGAUGACCCUAACUGGACCAUCUACCCUCCUCCGCCUGAGCCUGCUUGGUAUGAGGAGAAAGAACGUUUCGGCGCUAGUAAUGCUGGGAGGGGAAGCCAGAAUGCGAGCAUGUCAAACAGCAUGAUUCUCGAAAAGCCGCAUAUUAAGGGCACUGAAGGAAUCGCCCGGGAUUUAAGUACAGCAAGUCUCACUCAAGAGCCACAAAGCUCUACACAGGAGAAGAAAAAGAAGAAGCGGAAGCCUGGCCAAGAUAUUGGUGAGGAUUUCGACAUGGAAGAUCUACAGCCUCUGCCAGGACCUAGUGAAAUGGUCUUCCGUAUGGAUGAGCACGGCGUUUAUCAAGUUUAUGAGAACCCCAUGUCUAUGUCUGAUAACACUCCUGUCCUAAAUUUCCCAGAUCUGCGACAAUUCUACAAAGACCUGGAAGCCAUCCUUGACGUGUCCUCUGAUGGCCCUAGCAAGAGUUUUGCCUUUCGUCGGCUACAAUACCUUGAGGGUAAGUUCAAUCUGUAUGCUCUCCUGAAUGAAUACCAGGAAAUGGCGGACAGCAAGAGGGUGCCUCACAGAGAUUUCUACAAUGUCAGAAAGGUUGAUACUCACGUUCACCACUCUGCUUGUAUGAAUCAAAAGCAUCUGCUGCGGUUCAUCAAGAGCAAGAUGAAGAAAUGUCCCGACGAGGUAGUGAUGUUCAGAGACGGAAAACAUCUUACCCUACAAGAAGUCUUUCAAAGUAUCAACCUGACAUCAUAUGAUCUCAGUAUCGAUACGCUUGAUAUGCACGUAAGUUGAACUUGAAACGAUACAUAUCAUAAAGCUAAUUACUGUAGGCGCAUACUGAUUCGUUCCAUCGAUUUGAUAAAUUCAACUUGAAGUACAAUCCUAUUGGAGAGUCUCGUUUGAGAACUAUCUUUCUUAAGACAGAUAAUUUUAUCAACGGAAGAUACUUGGCAGAGAUCACCAAGGAAGUGAUUUCUGAUCUAGAAUCAAGUAAAUACCAAAUGGCUGAGUGGCGUAUAUCAAUAUAUGGCGUAAGUUAUCCCUGCAGCCGUUUCCCCUUGUUUUCAACGUCUUCGCAUUCGCUAGACAUUUUAAUUCCUUGCCCCUGGAAACCCAGAACAAUUUUACUCCAAUAUCUAAACAGCACCCGUCUCUUGAAUUCAUCUGAAACUAAUCCCUUUUAGCGCAGCAUCGAUGAGUGGGAUAAAUUAGCUAGUUGGGUCGUUGACAACAAACUCUUUUCUCACAACGUCCGCUGGUUAAUUCAAGUACCUCGCUUGUUUGAUGUCUACAAGGCCACUGGCCUGAUGGAGAACUUUGAGCAAGUUGUCAAAAACAUCUUUCAGCCUUUGUUUGAGGUCACUAAAGAUCCUUCAAGUCAUCCAAAACUGCAUAUAUUUCUGCAAAGGGUAGUUGGAUUUGAUAGUGUCGAUGAUGAAAGUAAACCAGAACGCAGAUUAUUCAGAAAGUUUCCUGUACCAAAGGAAUGGGACUCAAAGCAGAACCCACCGUAUAGUUACUGGAUCUAUUACAUUCUCGCGAACAUGGCUUCAUUGAAUGUGUGGAGAAAGCAACGUGGAUUCAACACAUUCCUGUCACGUCCUCAUUCUGGCGAAGCUGGUGAUACUGAUCACUUAGCAGCAGCUGUUCUCGGUUGCCACAGUAUCAGUCAUGGACUGUUGCUUCGCAAAGUUCCCCUCCUUCAGUACAUCUUCUAUCUUGAACAAAUUGGUGUCGCGAUGUCACCUCUCAGCAAUAAUGCGUUGUUCUUGGCAUAUGAGAGAAACCCCUUUCAGAGCUACUUCAAACGUGGUUUGAAUGUCUCACUUUCCACCGACGAUCCUCUUCAAUUCGCGUUUACUAAGGAGCCCCUGAUUGAAGAAUACUCUGUGGCUGCUCAGAUUUACAAGCUUAGUGCUGUAGAUAUGUGUGAGCUUGCCAAGAACUCCGUUAAGCAAAGUGGCUACGAACAUGCCAUCAAGCAAAGAUGGCUUGGCCGCUUUUAUAACUUGCCUGGUGUCAAGGGAAAUGUCAUGGCGAAGAGUAACGUGCCAAAUAUUCGUGAAGCAUUCAGGCAUGAGACGUUGGUGCAAGAACACGCUAUGUGAGUGUCUCCUUUGCGCACAAGACCCCAUUCGAUCAAACACUCACGAAUUUUAGGAUUGAACGCUACGCUGCUGUUGCGACUCCAAUAGCUACAACAAGCAACAACGAGCAAUCAUAUCCGUUCAAUAAAAACAAUUUCUCCCCAUCCUCCUCUAAACUGGCCCAUACCAGUGGCUCCACAGUACAGGAAUCUAUCGGCUCACCACCACCCUACCAACCAUUCCCCUCUCAAGCUGCUCGCAUUCCUACCUCACACUCCCAGGUUCAGCUUGAUUCGCAAAGUGCCAGCCAAGGACAUGGUAGUCCGUUACAACAUAGUAGUCCCUUGCAACAGGCCAUGUCUCUCGACCAGAGAGUGAUGUCUUCUCCACAUCUCACAAGCAUUUCUCGGGAACCUCCAUGGCCUGCAUUGGACGGCUUUUCGGACUUGCGAUUGAAUGGCGGCAAGCCGAAGAUCUUCCCAGGACUGGUCAGUAGGACGCAGACGCAGAGAAUGGAGGGGUUCCGUCGGAGUAGUAUGAGUGAGACGGAUGAUUCUUAUGGUGCUAGUGGAAGCGGUAGUGGUGGAUUGCAGAGGACGAGAAAUGGAAAGAGUGUGGGUUCGAUGAGGGAGGUUGAUAAUAUUGGUCUUUCUGUUGACGAGGAACAGGAGGGUGAAGAUGAGCUUGAGAGUGAUGCUGGUUCGAAUUAGGGUUCCGGGGUUUGGUGGUUUGGUUGGGAUGGGUUGAUGAUGAUGAUGAUGAUUUGUGACGAGUGUUGAUUUUUGAUUUUUGUGUUUUCUUUGCUACUUUUUCGUCCCUACCCCUUUGCAUUCUCGUAUGACCUAUGGGUCUGGGGCUCUCUUGCUGGAUUUGUUUUCGUGGGUGGUGUGGGUUGGUCGACCUGCGUAUCUUUCUCUCUCUCUGGAACUCGUACUCGAACCCGAUAGAAGGACGUUUUUCGCAAGCGAGAUUUUUUCUUCUUUUUCCACUUUGAAGACUGACUCCUCCAACCCCGCCUUUUUUUCUCUUACUGCGUUAGAGGACAUACAUGCA